CUGGUCCGAAAAUGAGUUUAUCAGCUUGUCCGCUUCGCUGACGGUUUUCGUGUUUUUCUGGGGGUUGUCCCGUCGCAUAGACUUUUUGACCCUCGUUUCUUUGCAUAGAACUCCCCACGGAAUAUGGUAAAAUCUCCUAAACCCUUCUCGCUACCGUGAAUAAUUUGCAGUACAUCUGAUCAGCAAAUCUUGCCACUCGCUCCUAAAUCAUUUGUGCCAUUGAUCGUCGCAUACAAAACCCCUCUCCUGAAGCUUGUGCAACGCUGCCGGACUUCCCAAUCUCUGCGCCAGUGUGUGGCCUGUGUUGACGACAAACGACGUCUCUCUCAAGUCUUGCAGUAAUGUCGCCCGUCGCGUCGCCAGAGUACGUACCCAAUAUGGGCCAGUGCGACUUCAUGAUUCCUCCAUGCGACAUCAGCUUCCUUUAUCCUGACAAGGAACCAGGCGACGUCACAGUCUCGCUUUGGGUCAAGUAUGUCGACGAGCCCGUCGAACCCACUGCACGCCACUGGGCGAUAGUUUGGGAUGUUCCUCAUAGCCCUCACAGUGUACCGACUUCUACUCAGGCAUUCCGACACCUCCACAUCACGCGCGAACGAGACAAGAAAGGCAUUCCCUGUGAUCAUCUCACCAAUUGGGGACCUAUGACCAAAGCCGUCACGCCAGAUGAUUUGACACGGUCGCGCUUGAUCCCGCUUGGGGAUAUUCCACUUGCGGGAAGGCAGAGGUUAGAGGAGAUUGCGAGUGCCACCCCAAUUCGCGUGCCUGAUGGCGCAUGGAAUAAUCAGGAUUGGGUCCUGACUGUCCUCGAAACUGCCCUGGACGAGGGAGUGCUACCGGCAGAUUUCGAUCUUGAAGAGAUCAAGGUCUGCGCGCUGUCGUUUUAGCCGACUAUCCUUAACCUUUUUAUCCCGACCCUCAUUUGCCUACGACCGUCAUCUCAUGGACAUGAUUCCGUAUCACUUUACCCUCGUUUGUUUAUACCGGACAGUUUCUCUUUUUGUCCUCACACACAUUCCUUUUGUCGCAUUGCUCUCGGAAUUUUUUUGCUUUUCCUGCCUCACUGCUCCCACGACGUUCCUUACCGCCUCUCAUUACUAUCCUCUCUCUCCAAAAUCCUUAAAUUGCCCACUCGACAUUGGUUCUCCCAUCCAUUCCUGUAGAUCACCACCUCGUUGUAGCCAUUGUCAAUACGGACCACCUUACUUAUCCUUAUCUUAUGUAUAGCUCACUUCUGUGAGUCCUCCCCACAUCUCCCGCCCAAUUCUCACCACAAUGUCCGCGUCCAUGGUCAGAAAUGCGCGUAUGACGUAUUGC